UUUCUAUUUAUAUUAAUAAAUAUGGCAAAAAGGCCAAUACAGCAGUUCCAUGAUCUUGAGGAUACAGAGGACUUUGAUGAGUACUCCUUGACUCUUGAAAAGGAUAUUAGUGACAUUAAGUUCAGUGAAAGACAGAAGAAAUGGUCUAAACAGUUCAUACUCAAGAUGCUCCUCGCUGUUAUUUGCGCAUCAAUAACCAUAUAUUUUCUUGGCAGCUGGAUCUACAUGGAAUUUCAUCGUUAUAUGGGCAUGGUCAAUAGCUAUAUGCUGAAGAACAAGACGAAGGGAAUCUUUAUUUAUAGCAUUGCUUUUAUUAUCGGAAUGCAAGUGUUUAUCCCGCCUGGAACAUUCAUUACUUGCACUACUAUCACCUUCAUGAAAAUGUAUGGAAACGUGGAAGGGAUCUUCGUGCAUUUAAUACUGGUAAUAAUCAUAGAGCAUAUCGGCAUCUUCGUUACCUAUUUCAUUGGAAGAUAUUUUAUUAGAAUUGGAGAUCUACUUGCCAAAAGAAUGGAGUAUUUUGACAUCUUUAACAAACUUGUGGUCACCAAAGGAGCAAAAAUCACAUUCCUACUUAGGAUGUGAUUAUUGAUCCCCUAUGAUAUUGUAAAUUACAUAAUGUCAACAACUGACAUUCCUCUGUGGGACUACUUUAUUGGUAAUCAUGGAUUCUUGAUUGAUUUUGUGAUCAGCACCUACAUAGGGAUUUUCUUAUCUAAUCUCUCCAAAAUGGAUCCAGACAGCAAGACCUUCCUCACUCAAAUAACUUUCAUGGGUUUUGGAGUUAUUCUCACAGCAAUAGUCCUCUUCUUAGUGAUUAGGAUGACCAAGAGAGAGUUUGAUCAGAUGAUCAAGAAUGAGUCUAUUAAGAAGAGCGGAAGGAUCACUGGACCUAAAUUAGCUUAAUUCUUCUAAUAUUAACAAUUUAGCAAUGUUUAC